CACAGUCUUUACUACACUUUCUUCCAGACGUUUAUCGUUCAGUUAAUUUCCUUUCCAUAACAAACGCAUAUUUUUCACGCGUGUCAUUCAUAACUACAUCCGGAAAGAAGCAGAAAAGGGCAGCACUUAAAUACGCCCGUUCAGCUUUUGCGAACCAGCUGUUCGGAAUAUUUUGUAUGUGAUCUGUCUUGGUUGAUAGUUAGCACGUACGCUACGGUUAUUAUAGCCCUCUAUCGGAUCGAUAUAUCGCUUUAUUGAAAUAGGUAAUAGGUAAUGCAGGGGCGGUAGCCGCAAUAAUGCGAUCAACGCAAAUGUGACCGCAAACGCACGUCAGGUCUGCGAUCUUCAUUGCAGUUGCAUACGAGCUCACGACAGUUGUGUCGAAGUUGGAAAUACGGAAAUAACAGCCGUUUAUGGCCGACAUUAUGAUUAAUUAAUUGCAGUUGAAGUGUUAAAAAUAGCGCGCAUUGUUGCAUUGAUUUUGAAAGAUGUAUUAAAAGUAUAUCGCAGCGCACGCCACCAUAUCAAAAGUGGAGAUUAAUAUUUAGGUCGUGCAUGAAGAUUAGUGACCACAGCAGGAUGUCAAAGAGAUUUAUAAGCUGAGAUGCAUUACAAAAUCAAAAACAUGUCAUCCUCCAUGUCAUAAGAACCCGUUUUGAAAGUUUCGCAGUGGAAUCCUUGAUAUUUUCUGCGGUGUAAACGGCGUCGUUUGGUUUUAUUAGUAUAGAUGGUUGUGUAUUGGAAGAACAAUCUGUCAGAAUCACUUUACUGAUCAAAUACACUAAAUCAGUCGCAUCAUCAUGUCAGGGGACAGUAGUGGUGAGGACUCGGACCGGGAAAGCCGCCGUAAAGUGUGCACCGUGAAACAUGAGAUCACUAAUGCGAACCUCACAGGACACACUGAAAAAGUUGGCAUGGAGAACUUUGAACUUCUCAAAGUGCUAGGCACUGGAGCUUAUGGGAAAGUUUUCCUUGUCAGAAAAAUCAGUGGUCACGAUAAAGGCAAACUGUAUGCGAUGAAGGUUCUGAAGAAAGCAGCCAUCGUUCAGAAAGCAAAAACCGCCGAGCACACUCGGACAGAGCGGCAGGUACUGGAACACAUCCGCCAGUCACCCUUUCUGGUCACCCUCCAUUACGCCUUUCAGACCCAAACCAAACUGCACCUUAUACUGGACUACGUAAGUGGAGGUGAGAUGUUCACUCACCUGUACCAGAGAGAUCAUUUCUCAGAAGAUGAGGUGAGGAUCUACGUGGGAGAGAUCAUACUGGCCCUGGAGCACCUGCACAAGCUUGGCAUUGUGUACCGUGACAUUAAACUGGAGAAUAUCUUAUUGGACAGUGAUGGUCAUGUGGUCCUGACAGACUUUGGGCUGAGUAAGGAGUUUUUGGAGGAAGAGAAAGAGAGAACAUACUCAUUCUGUGGCACUAUAGAGUACAUGGCACCAGAGAUUAUCAGAGGGAAAGCUGGCCACGGCAAGACGGUGGAUUGGUGGAGUUUGGGGAUUCUGAUGUUUGAACUGUUGACUGGAGCAUCUCCGUUCACUCUGGAGGGAGAGCGAAAUUCCCAGAGUGAAGUGUCCAAACGUAUCCUGCGCUGUGAGCCUCCAUUCCCUUCUAUAAUUGGACCUUUGGCGCAGGACCUUUUGAGAAAGUUACUGGUGAAGGACCCUCAUAAGAGGCUGGGGUCUGGACCCCGAGGAGCAGAGGACAUCAAGAGUCAUCCAUUCUUCAAGGGUUUAAACUGGUCUGAUCUGUCCGAGAAAAAGGUUGCGAGCCCAUUCCGACCAGAACUCCGUAAUGAAUUGGAUGUGGGAAACUUUGCAGAAGAGUUUACUGGGAUGGAGCCAGUGUAUUCCCCUGCCAGCACGCCACCUAGUACAGACCGUCUGUUUCAGGGCUACUCUUUUGUGGCUCCUUCUAUCUUGUUCAACAAGAAUGUGGUAAUGGGGGACGUCCUGGACGCUCAUGCGAAUAUUGACAGGCCCGGUUCUGCUACAGUCCAGCGUAGUGCUAUGCUAAAGGAGUCUCAGUUUUUCUUGCACUAUGAGCUGUGCCUGCAGGGGGCGCCACUUGGUGAGGGCAGUUUCUCCGUCUGCAGGAAGUGCAAACACAGGAAGAGUGGGCAGGAAUAUGCCGUAAAAAUUGUCAGCCGAAGGAUGGAGGCCAUGACUCAGAGAGAGGUGGCAGCAUUGAGACAGUGUGAAUCUCACCCGAACAUAGUCACACUCCAUGAGGUCUAUACUGAUCAGUAUCACACUUACCUGGUCAUGGAGUUGUUACGCGGCGGUGAGCUGUUGGAGCGGAUAAGGAAGAAGAAGAUGUUUGCUGAAUGGGAGGCCAGUCAGCUAAUGAAGAGUCUGGUGUCUGCGGUUAGCUACAUGCAUGAGGCUGGAGUCGUACACCGAGACCUCAAACCAGAGAAUGUGCUGUUCGCUGAUGAAUCGGAUGACUCUGUGUUGAAGGUGAUUGAUUUUGGUUUUGCACGAUUGUUUCCAGCGGGGAGUGGCAGUGCUCCUCUGCAGACUCCCUGCUUCACCCUGCAGUACGCUGCGCCCGAGCUCUUCCACAGCUCUGGAUAUGACCAGGCAUGUGACCUCUGGAGCCUGGGGGUCAUCUUGUACACGAUGCUGUCUGGACAAGUUCCAUUCCAGAGUGAGAAAAAAGGAAUGACAUCAUCACACGCUGCAGACAUCAUGCACAAGAUCAAAGAGGGAGAUUUCUCAUUGGACGGAGAAGGCUGGAAGGGUGUGUCCGAAGAGGCCAAAGAUCUAGUGAGAGGUUUGUUAACCGUAGACCCUGAGCGGCGGCUGAAGCUCUCUGCUCUGAAAGAGAACGCCUGGCUUCAGGGAGGGGGGGUCAUGUCCUCCACGCCCCUCUGCACCCCUGAUGUUCUGGAGUCCAGCGGCCCGACAGUCCGUACCUAUGUCAAUGCCACCUACAAGGCAUUUAACCGGGGAAAGCGUGAGGGGUUUUUCCUCAAAAGCGUCGACAACGCUCCACUAGCAAAACGGCGGAAACUGAAAAUGACCAGCACUGGCGUAGAAACCCGGCGCAGCUCCUCCUCCUCUUCAUCUUCCUCCUCUUCCUCAGCCGCUUCCCAUUCCAAGACACAGAAUUGCCAAUCUAUGGCUCCCCGCGAAGACCCCAAACUGUGACAUUUCACCUCUAAAUGACGAGCUGCAUAUAUGUGGUGAGAAAAUUGCAAAAGACCUACAGAAAAGACUAUCACCUUGAUAUGGCAGACUAAGGCAACAAAUUCCUCAUUAGCUAUAAAAGAGUUUGAACUUUCAUCUGGAAGUUUGUGGAUGGCGAGAUCGACAGACUGUCAUUGGAUAUUUAAGCCAAGACGAGGAAAGGUGGUUUUUAACAAUGGUGGCUUUCUAUAUACAAAAUGCCAAGGAAGUGAUCUACAUUAUAAAAAAGAGUCUCGGAUGGCGUUUCCUGUGCAAUUUUAUGGGACGCUGUUUUGGUUUACUCACAUUUUGAGACAUUUUAAUGAAUGUAAAAAAUGGUAGACAACCACAUGUUGGGUAUCCACAUGGAUUUUAAAUGAUUUUUUAACUGAAUUUGAGUUUGAAACAAGUGAAACUAGGAUCAGGGAAGGGCGGAAUAUUAGGGAAAAAUGUUAGUGGACAAGAAAGUCGCAAGUGAGCAAAGCCAUAUGUGAGAAUUAGAGAGAACUUGUAUUUUAAUGCAUCUUAACGUUUUAAUGAUCCACUGAGCAAAGUUUUAUGUGAAUCAUGUGUAGGCUUUUUACAUUCAUGUCACUACUUUCAGAAGGUUUCUCGAUGUAUGCAUGGUUGUAGUAUUUUAUAUAUUUAUCAUUUUAAAAAACUGACCUCUGAAGUCAGAACCACACAUCGUCUCUCACUGAUCCACCAAUUGCAAUGCAGGGCUUUUGGAGAACUCAGCAAGAAUACUGCCUCCUAUCCACAGCUUUAUGUCUCAGUCUUGAUUCCCUGAAUGUUUAUCUUUAGUAUUCAUGUGAAGUGUGUAGAGAUGACUUUAUAUGGCAUCACUAACUUACUUGACUGAUUUCAAAAGGUAUGGCUUACCUUCCGAACCGGUCCCUUUCCGAACCGGCCGUUGAGUUUGCGCCACCUUUAUCAGACUAAUAUCAGUGUACUUGAAAUGCUAUGCUUCUUAAAGGAAUAGUUUAUCCUAACAUGAACAUUCUCUCAUCUUCUGUCAUUCCAGACCUGUAUGACUUACUUUCUAAUGUGGAACACAAAAUGAGAUAUUUUGAAGAACGUUCAGGCUGCUCUUUUCCAUAUAAUGAAAGCAUACAGUGUAAGUAUGACUUGUGUGCUACUUUCCAAGUCUUAUGAAGUCUUACGAUAACUGUGUGAGGAACAGAUGAAAUUUAAGAUGUUAUUCGUUGAAAAGUAAUGUGCUAGUUCGAUAUCAUGCCUUCUAAAUGGCUUUCUUGGUUUUUUUUUUACAACAGCUUUGUCAGCAGUGCAUUUAUAACUAUAGUACUGUAUAAUAAAAAUAAUAUUCCAGUAUCCAUUGAAAGGCUAAAUCCAAAACAAUACAUGACAAAGGCGUUUGCUUCAGAAUCUAAGCAAACACUUGUAUGUUCAACUAAUAAAAAAAGAGAAGCCUAAUAUUUUCCUUGGUUGAGUAGGUCAAUAGAUAACUGAUUAUUGAAAAUAUAUUGUAUUUAUUGAAAAAGUUAAAUUAAAAAAUUAAUGUUUCAUUGCAAUGAACAUGACAGAUCUAGCAUUAUUUUAAACAUGGUUUUAAAUAAUAAAAAAAGAAGCUUUGGUUAUUUUUCAGAAGUUUUUGAAUCGCUUUCCAUAAAAACAUUGUAUAUCGUAACAUAUCGUUAUUGAUCAAAAAUUUCAACAAUAUUGCAAUAUAAGUUUUUCUUAUAUUUCACAACCCCUAAAUUAUACUAAACUAUACAAUAAUAUAGUGUUCAACCAAUAUGGCUUUUUUCAAUGGCCGAUGCCGAAAUCUAGAGAGCAGGGUUGAUAUAAUGCUGAUAUACAAUAUAUAACAUCACAAAAUGUAAUAUAGUAAAUUGUAUAUACAUAAAAUUGCAAAAAUUUAAUUAACUAAGUAACACUUAACAAUAAGGUUCCAUUCGUUAACAAUAGUUCAUUCAUUAGAUAUCACGAACAAAUAAUUAACAAUAUAUCUUUUUUUAGCAUUUAUUAAUAUUUGUUAAAGUUAGUUAAUAAAAAUACAAUUGUUCAUUGUUAGCUUUCUGAAGGAGUGAUUUUUGACCACAUAGCUCUUGUAGUUUUCACUGGAAAAACUCCAGUUCCUUUGUUUGUAGUGAUUAAUGUUUAGUUUUUAAGUGCCUUAGCAUCUCACACUGUGGUCGUGGAUGCCCAUCGCUCAGUGAAGCCAUAAUCCAAGUACUUUUCAUCAUAUUUCCUGCUUUUGGCUUUCUUUCCUUUUAACUCUGUUUCUGUUAGAUGCUUUUUAACAUCAGCACCAGUUAGAAAUCGCUCCUUGACUAAUCUGCUGACCAACUAAGAUGGCUACAAAUGUACAAAUUACUAGACCCAGGUGACAUCUUGCAAGAAGCAGUAAUUAGUUUAUAUCAAGUCGCCAGCAGGAGGUGCCAAGAUGCAAGUAUUUUUUACACUCGUUCGAAAUAAAAGUUUUCACGUGACCCCUCUAGGACCCCCUGGGGGGACGUGACCCCCAGGUUAAGAACCACUGAACUAAUGUUAACAAAUACAACUUUUGAUUUAAAAAAUGUAUUAGUAUAUGCUGAAAUUAUCAUUAACUAAGAUUAAUAAAUGAUGUAAAAAUAUUGUUCAUUGUUAUUCAUGUUAAUUAAUGUUGUUAAAAAAUGGAACCUUAUUGUAAAGUGUUACUGUUGAAUUAUAUUUAGCAUUAUAGUUACUGAAAAUUUCACCUAAACACUAACUUAGUAAAAACAGAAAGAAAAAAAAGAAAACGAUUUUUGUGUGUUUACAUGUUGAAGACGGCUCCUUCACAUCCAAGAAGGUGAUUCUUCCAAAACUUAUCGGCCAAACUAAAUUUAGCAGCCAGUGCCGAUAGUUUAAAAAUACCAAAUAUUUUCUGUUAUAUCGGUCGUCCACUACUGUACUAUACUUUACUGUAUUGUACUGUACUGUACUGUAGGGUUGCUCCGAUACCAGCAUUGUUGCUUCAGUAUGAUACCAGCCCUGGUACCUUGGUAUCGAUACUAAAUAGAUACUAUAAUCAACAUAUAAAAAGCCUCAGAUUUUUGAUGAAAUUACACAGAAAAUGACUUGAUUAAAAGAACUGCAUGAAGUCUCACAGAUAAAAAAUGAUGCUACAAAUUAUGUUUUCCUUUUCAUUUUUUCUGGAUUCCAUGAUAAAUGUUUUAAUUAAAUGUUAUGAUCAAAUGGUGUUUAAUCAAAUUGAUACAUACAGCUAUAAUCAAAUAAAAAAAUUAUAUAUAUAUAUA